AUGUUGCUUGAUAAAUCACCAUUAAUGCUGGCUAAAAAUGGAACCCCAAAUGAAGACAUAGGACAAGGCAAUGAUGCGAACAGGAAACCUGGGAAAGAGAUGACCAGUCAAAAAAAAUAUAAGUGUACAGAGUGUGGAAAGAGCUUCUCUCAAAGUUCUUCUCUUAAUUUUCAUAAAAGGAUCCACACAGGAGAGAGGCCCUAUAAAUGUAUGGAAUGUGGAAAGAGCUUCCCUAGGAACAGUGACCUUGUUUUCCAUAAAAUGAUCCACGCAGGAGAGAAGCCACACAAAUGCAUGGAGUGUGGAAAGAGCUUUACUAAGAACCGUCAACUUAUUUACCAUAGUAGUGUCCAUACAGGGGAGAAGCCACACAAAUGCAUGGAGAGUGGAAAGAGCUUUACUAAAAACUGUGAACUUAUUUAUCAUAGUAGAAUCCAUAUGGGGGAGAAGCCUUUUAAAUGCAUGGAAUGUGGAAAGUCCUUUUCUCAGGGCUCUUGUCUUAAUUCCCAUAACAAGAUCCACACGGGAGAAGCCAUAUAAAUCUGUGAAACAUGGGGGCAGAGCCUCCUGCUGCUGCUACCGGUUCGCCUGAUCCGGGGCAAACUGGUAGCAACCCACCGAUAGAUCCAGUUGAAUAUGAAUCCAUAUAAAUUGUAGAUUUAGUUGUUGAAAUUUAAGCAUUUUCUAUUUACACAUAUGAGCGCCCGUUACUUGUCCCAGCUUCUACCAACCUAGCGGUUCGAAAGCACGUAAAAAAUGCAAGUAGAAAAAUAGGGACCACCUUUGGUGGGAAGGUAACAGCGUUCUGUGCGCCUUUGGCAUUGAGUCAUUCCGGCCACAUGACCAUGGUACAGUAGGAAAAGCGGGUCCAGCUAGAUGAUCACUGAAGGGCCCUCUUUGUUCAUAGUAUUGUAGAAGAGAAAUUGUGCUUGCAAAUGUAUCCAGUUGAAAUAAAAGGCAGACACAUUCCUUCUUUGAUGUAGAACCAGUGAGGAGAGGCCCCUCAGUUGCCCCUCAGUUGUCACAGAUAAAGACAUUUUGGUGAUUUACACUUUGAAGGUCAGAGAGACAAGGAUGACCAUAUUGUUGUAUCAACAAGAGAUAAUUUGAAUCUAUGCUUCAGUAAUCUACAUAAAGAAUUAUUAAUGUUGGCAGAGAAUAAAAUGAAACAGUAAUUAGGAAGUGUCAAUUAAAAAUGACAAAUGUAUAUGACCAUAUGAAUUGCUGAGUUAACAGAAUCCUUUGUUUGAAAAUGUAUAAAGACUGAGGUCUCCAUUUUAUACUUUGUUCAGAUCUUGUGGUCACAAUACCAAUCUGAUCCUUAUUGCAAUAAUAAAUAACUGAUUCUUGUCUGCUCUGAAGGGAUGUCUCUUUAAUUCCUUCUUCCAUAACAAUGGAGACAUUGUUAUGGCUCUUCGGCUUUGAAACGGGAACAACUAACAACUUUUUCAUUUACAUAAUGCUGAAUUAGGAAAAGUUUUUUUUUAAAUCUGAUCUUCACAAGUGGCAGCCCCAGAGAGCUUCAAUUGGUAAAUUGAAACCAAAUAAUGGGCACGUGUUUUAAUUAUGAAAAGUGGAUUUUUACUGUCAUUUGAAGGUCUUCAAUGCUAUUUCACAUGAAUAGGAGAAAAUAUUUUUUUUUCUUCAUGUUUAUCCCAUUUUCCAUCUGAUCAUGAUAGAGAAGGCCCAAAUCCCCCCCCAAAAGUUCUAUAAAUGUUUAAUUUUUGAGAGCAAGACAUGGCUUAGCUAACAAAAUGUCAUUCCAGGCCUAUUAUGGGACAAGGCAUAAAUCAGGUUCUCAAGAACCGGACAGAACCAAGAGCAAUCCACCACUGAUGCUGAAGUAUCAGUAAAUGGACUUUGGAAACUGUGAGGCCAGAAAUAGAGGUAGGAUAAGCACUCCAGGAAUGCGUGGGGGACAUCUGCUAGAUCUGAGUGUGUUCCAAAUCGCAAAACAGUUACUGCUUCUUGGACACGAAAAUAACUGAACUCAAGACUUGUUUCUACUGCAUAAAAUAGGGAUAUGAGACGGGCAAUAGGAACGAGGAAGUAUUUGUCAGUCAAAAGUGUCUUUAUGCCACAGAAUCUUCCCCCACCCCCCAAAAAAUCCAUGUAAAUGUAUAUAGCAUGACAAGAGCUUCAGAGCCAGAGUUUCCUUUUCGCCAAAGGAGCCACAGUGGUGAGGAGGCUUAUAAAUUUUUGGUCCUGUGAAAAGUGACAAGGGGCUUGCAAAAGCUAAGACAGA